UACUCCCGAAACUAGUUUUUGCAUAUAUAUGGAGGAUUGUGCUCCUCGGAUAUCGAAAUCAGCUAGAGCUGUCUUCGUUAAAUCUGCUCGGUGAAGACCUAAAAGCCUCCAGGGUUUCGGCGGCUUUUCGUGAGGCAACGACCAAGAAACAAAUAUUCAAGAAACAUGUGGAUGAAGGGGAAGCAGUCGUUUACACAUUUGAUCAAAAGAGGCGGUCACUUUCGGCACUUCUGUUCGAAGUAUGCCACUGGGAAGUAUUUGCAUCAGCAAUGAUUCAAUCCUGCUGGGUUUUAAAUAACUUCCUUCCUCCUUUGAUGCUGGGCUACCUCCUGGUAUACAUCGAAACGAAGCAGGACGGUUGGCAUGGCUAUGCGUACGCCUCGGCAUACGCCUUCUCUCAGCUUGUCGGCGGAUUCUUGAAUGCGCACGCUACUUACAUCAUGGCGCUUGGAGCCUUCAAAGUUCAGUCCGCACUCACAUGCGCCCUGUACAAAAAGGUCCUCCGCAUCUCGAGCAGUUCCCGCCACCAGUACACGUCCGGAGAGAUUGUGAACUUGAUGUCCGUCGAUGUUGAGCAAGUGGGACAGUUUUUAUUGAUCUGUCACAACUGCUGGGAUGUGCCACUCCGGAUAGUCUUGACUCUGGUGUUUUUAUGGCAAUACCUUGGUGCGUCAUGCCUGGCUACGGUAGCCACCAUGCUUGCCAGCAGUCUAACGACGACGUUGGUUGCCCACUUUUGUGACAAGUACCAGAAACGGCAAAUGGACUCGAAGGAUGCACGGCUUCGUCAGACAACUGAAAUGCUCAACGGAAUAAAGGUGAUCAAGCUGAACGCGUGGGAGCCCCCCUUCAUGGAGAGGGUGAAGCGAACGCGUUCCGAAGAACUGUCUUUCGUGAAGAAAUACUCUCUCCUGCAGUCCACAUUCACAUUUGUCUGGGCUGCGACACCUAAUGCGGCUGCGCUGGCAUCAUUCGGCAUUUUUGUGAUGCUGAGCGAAGACAAUCAUCUCACUCCGUCCAUCGCCUUCACCUGCCUCUCCCUCUUUAUGCUACUGCGCGGCCCAAUGUACACUUUGCCUGAUGCAAUUUCCAGACUGAUAAGGUGUAAGGUCUCUCUCAGGAGACUGUCUGCGUUUCUGGAAGAGGGAGAGCUGGACGAAGAGGCAAUUGGCACAAAUCCAGAGAAAGGCGAUGCGGUCAGCCUGAGGCAGGCCAGCUUCACCUGGGCGAGAGAGGAACCCGAGGUCCUCCGGGACCUGACCUUUAGUGUGAAGAAAGGCAGCCUGGUGGCAGUCGUGGGUCCCGUGGGCUGCGGGAAGUCGGCUCUCCUCAAAGCCAUCCUCGGUUCAUUGGAGAAAGUUUCCGGGUCUGUCGACGUACACGGGCGAUUGGCCUACGUUGCGCAGCAAUCCUGGAUCCAGAACGCGACGUUGAAAGAGAACAUCAUCUUUACAAACACCGCCAAUGAAGAACGGUAUCAGAAGGUCUUGGAGACCUGCGCCCUCAAGCCGGACCUGGAAAUGCUUCCCGCGGGGGAGAACACGCAAGUCGGAGAUAAGGGCAUCAAUCUGAGCGGCGGUCAAAAGUUAAGGAUCAGCCUGGCACGAGCGAUAUACCAUGAUGCAGAUGUCUACCUUCUCGACGAUCCGUUCAGCGCCGUGGACGUGCACGUGGCUUCACAUCUCUUCGAAAACGUUGUGGGGCCUUCUGGCAUUCUGAAAUCCAAGACGAGAAUUCUCGUUACCCAUUCUGUGACUGUCCUUUCCCAAGUGGACUGGAUUGUGCUGCUUGACAAAGGCGGCAUCAAGGAGCAAGGCACCUACAGGGACUUAUUAAAGAACAGUAAAAGCGAUUUUUCCGCCUUCCUCAAGAAACACGUCAAGAAAUCUUCGAGCAGUCAAAAUCUAAAAUCCGGAAAUAAAAUUGAGAGCGCCAACGAAGAAUUGGUGGAGAAAACUUCCACUGAUGAACUGAAGCUGGACGACGAGGAACAGACGAACACUGGAAGCGUCAAGUGGGACGUGUACUCUGAGUACCUCAUGCGGACGGGCUGGAAGUUUAUUGUGCCAUCAACGGUGGCAAUUUUUGUUGCAUAUUGUUUUGAGUAUGGUUCAGGCCUGUGGCUCAGCGAGUGGUCCUCGCACCCAGACCCUUCCCUGAGAGCUACGUACAUGGUUGGCUAUGGAGCCAUCCUGGUUGGAAUGAGCGUAUUCAACUUCAUAUUCUCCGUCGUCUUUGUGUUCGGCGCAAUACGAGCGGCCUCAUCGAUCCACAACCAGCUCCUGCAAAGCGUAAUGCGGACUCCCAUCUCCUUCUUCGACAAAACGUCUACGGGACGGAUCAUCAACAGGUUCAGCCGCGACAUGGACCUCAUCGACAAGGAGGUGCCCUUUCUUAUGUCGAUGAACCUGCUCGACAUCGCGGCAUUAGCGCUGAUGUUUGUCGUCAUCUGCCUUCCGUCGGCAUACUUUAUCCUCAUCGUAGGCGUCGUUGUGCUCCUCUUUCUGGGGCUUACGGUGGCCUCGCUGCCGGCCUUCCGUCAGGUGCGACGUCUGCAGUCCGUCAGUCGGUCGCCCGUCUUCUCUCACUUCGGCGAGACGGUGUCGGGAGCGGUGUCCAUCCGAGCAUUCGGAGCCACCAAGCCGUUCGUAGAAAUCCUCGAGCGUUUUCUGGAUGACAACAUCAACUGCUACGUACAUUCUGCGGCUCUAGACGCGUGCCUCAUCAUUGCUGUACAAGUCGUGAUCCUGUUUCUGUCCAUCGGUGCAUCCCUGGUGUCCGUGGCAGGAAAAGAUUUCCUGGAAGCCAACAUGGCAGGCCUCACUCUCACGUACACGAUGCAGCUGGCUGAGCACGUGUCGUAUGCAGUCAUGAUGCUUGUUAUGCUGGAAGCGAGCAUGGUGGCAGUCGAGAGGGCCAUGGACUACUUCGACUUACCGGAAGAGGCACCCUGGAGAAAUUCGGAGAUGGAGCCCGCGGUCGAAUGGCCCUCUCGGGGUGACCUCACCUUUACGGACUACAGCGUAUCUUAUGGCGACGACGCUGAUCCUGUCCUGCGUCACGUCAACUUCCAAGCACAAGGCGGACAAAAGAUUGGUAUUGUGGGCAGGACCGGUGCCGGCAAGUCCACCCUUGCCCUUGCGCUCUUCAGGAUGAUCGAAGCCAAGACAGGGUCCAUAGUUGUGGACAACGUGGACAUCACGAAGAUUGGAUUGCACGAUCUUCGCCAGAAGAUGACCAUCAUUCCUCAGGACCCAGUGUUGUUUGCUGGAACGUUACGCUGGAACCUGGACCCUUUUGAUGAGCACUUGGAUGACGCUGUCUGGAAGGCGCUGGAGCGAGCGCAUCUGAAGGAUCACGUCGUCGAGGAUGAUUUAGGACUCGAAUAUGACAUUUCUGAAGGAGGAGAUAACUUAAGCACCGGACAGAGGCAGCUGGUAUGUCUCGCGCGAGCCCUGCUGAGACAGAGCAAAGUGCUGGUCUUAGACGAAGCCACGUCGUCGGUGGAUCUGGCCACGGACCAGCUUGUCAAGGAGACCAUCCACUCCGAAUUCAAAAGCACAACCGUGAUCACGAUCGCACACAAGCUACAUACCGUCAUGGACUGUGACAAAAUUCUGGUUCUAGCCGCGGGAAACGUGCUCGAGCAAGGUUCACCCAAGGAGUUGCUGGAAAUGAAGGAUGGUCUUUUCUUCGCCAUGGCAAAAGACGCGGGACUGGCGUGAAAUUCCUGCUCGCGCAAAUUAAACGCCGAUACAGAAUCGCGGUUCUCAAUGUGUGGCGA